AUGCUGAUGCGCGGACUUACCGUAACCUUAAUGGCCCUGUUAACGGCUUUGGCUCUGGGCGCCUCGACGGCCCAGGCGGAAAUUGUGAUCGCCACCGCCGGUCCCCUGACCGGCCAGUAUGCCUCGUUCGGCGAGCAGAUGAAGGCGGGCGCCGAGAUGGCCGUCGCGGAUAUCAACGCCGCCGGCGGCGUGCUGGGGCAGCAAUUGCGGCUGGAACUUGGCGACGACGCCUGCGACCCCUAA